AUGCGGAGCUUGAGGGUGUGGAGCCUGGAGGCGUCUGGUGAGCAGUCUCCCUGGAGCGGCCGUCUCCGUAGUCGCUCCGCUGGUGCCUCGCCGCUGCCCUCUCGUCGUCGACUCCCCCUCUCCUCCCUGCAGCUGGUUGAGUGGUACCUUGGCCGUCAUCGCCGCGUUGCUGGAGCUGGUGACUCUGCUCCUGGAGCUGUUUUUCCUGGAGGCUCUGCUGCUGCUGAGGUUGCAGGCGCUGGAGGUUCUGGAGCUGCUGGAGGUCCUGGUGCUGGUGGCGCUGGAGCUGGAGGUUCUGGAGCUGCUGAGGGUACUGACGCUGGGGGUUCUGGAGCUGCUGAGGGUGCUGGCACUGGAGGUUCUGGAGCUGCUGGAGGUGCUGGCGCUGAGGGUGCUGGCACUGGAGGUUCUGGAGCUGUUAGAGGUGCUGGUGCUGAGGGUUCUGAGUCUGCUGUUGCGCGGUCUCCUUGGAGUGGCCGCCUUCGUCCACGUGUGCCUCUCACCUCACAGCAGCUGCACGACUGGUACGGUCGCCGUCAGGGUCGCGCUUCUGGAGCUAGGGGCUCUGCUACUGCUACUUCUGCUGACGUCGCUGGAGAUGGGAUUGGUGCUGGUCUCGGAGGUGCUCGUACUGGGGGUACUGGAGCUACUGGGGCUGGAGGUGCUGAGCCUGCGGGUGCUGCUGCUGGGGACACUGCGGCUGGAGACCCUGGGACUGGGGGUGCCGGUUCUGGGGGUGCUGCUGCUGGUGGAGCUGGCCCUGGAGGAGCUGGCGCUGAGGGUUCUGGUGCUGCUGGAGGUGCUGGAGCUACUGGAGGUGCUGGAGCUGCUGGUGCUGGUAGCACUGCACCGACUCGACUUUUCUUCGCUCCGCCGUCUCCGUCGUCUCAGCCACCGUCUGGCUCUGCCCUUCGCCAGGUUCUUGACCUCCCGUCUUCUACUGGUCUACAGUUACUGCCUGGCUCUCCGCUGCCUGCUCCUUCUCCUUACACUGAGCAGACAGGGGGUCUUGCUGAGCGUCGUGAGCCUGCGUCGCGUCCUGUCUCGCCUGUUCGUCCUUGUCGUACCGUUCGUCGUGUUCCUCGUCAGCGUCAGCCGGCUGUCCCCGGCACACGCCUUGUAGCCCUGCGUCGGUCCUCUCCUCCGGAGCGUACUCCUCUUCCGUCUCCCCCUGCGUCCUCUUUGCCUGACGUCGCGGACCCUGAGUCUGACCGGUUUCGUGCUGAGCACCCUACUGUUACGCGUCUGCUAGCCACUGUUGUCACUGACCCGUUGUUUGAGUCUACUGCUGCGUCUGCCCUGGUCGCUGAGCUUGUUGACUUUGCUGCUGCCUGUCGUCUAGACUUCACUGCCAGUCUUGUUGCUGAGUCUGAGUCUGUCUGUCCUCUGUCCGUCGGGGGUGAGUGUGCUCUUAGCACGGACGUCCUUGAGGACAGGCACGAGGACCUUGAGUGUCUUGCGGCCGCUGCGCCCCAUCUCGUGGCCAUGCUGCUUGCCCCUGAGGGAGACCCGGAUGCACCAGACAUCCCGACCCCGCGCUCUUACGCUGAGGCGAUCGCGGGUGACUACUCUUCUCAGUGGCAGACAGCCAUGGACGCAGAGAUGGCAUCCUGGAAGUCCACAGGCACUUACGUCGAUGAGGUUCCCCCUCCUGGGGCGAACAUCGUCGAUGGCAUGUGGAUUUUCAGGGUGAAGCGGCCGCCGGGAUCUCCGCCUGUCUUCAAGGCUCGUUACGUUGCUCGAGGCUUCAGACAGCGAGAGGGAGUUGACUUCUUCCAGACCUUCUCCCCCACCCCGAAGAUGACCACUCUUCGGGUGGUGCUGCACGUUGCCGCUCAGCGUGACUACGAGCUUUACUCUCUUGACUUCAGCACAGCCUUCUUACAAGGCAGCCUACACGAGGAGAUCUGGCUGCGCCGCCCACCUGGCUUCACUGGGUCGUUCCCUCCUGGUACCAAGUGGAGCCUCCGGCGGCCAGUCUACGGUCUCCGCCAAGCGCCUCGUGAGUGGCACGACACACUGAGGACUACGCUUGCGGCUCUUGGGUUCGCUCCUUCGACUGCUGACCCGUCGCUGUUUCUGCGCACCGACACUUCCCUGCCGCCGUUCUACAUCCUCGUGUACGUCGACGACUUGGUCUUUGCCACUGCUGACACCGAGGCUCUCGCCCUGGUGAAGUCGGAGCUGUAG